GAGAGCAGGACGCACGCUGGCUCCUGGCCCCUGGCACUGCCUCGCUCGAAUCGGUCUUAUAGUUAUCCGAUACUCAAGUGUAUAAAACAUUUUUCUUUCAUGUAACGUGAGUGAUUCUAAAGGAUAAAGAGAUAUUACCAUGGUGAAUAUUAAGAUGUGUGCUGUUGAGACUGUUUAUAGUAUAAGCAAAUGACACUACUUUCUCAAUUUCGAUAAAUACAACAAGUACUAGGUUUGUGGAGUUUUCCGGGAGGCACUGAUCACUACACGAGAACCAGUUCUCUAAAAAGCAGAGGGUUACGGUUCUAUCUCCAGCCUGCCAUACAAAAAAGGAACUUCAGCCGAAUCUUCCUAAGAUAUAUUUUACACAACAUGUUUUUACCCGGCCACCUAACAACUAUUGUGUGGUUGACAAGCACCUAUCUAUCUGUUUGUGAAGGUUCACCAGCAGAGGAUCUCCAGCAGUUGACGUAUAAUGAAGGAGGAGACAAAUUGCCCUACGGCGGAGCUGAGAGGAGAUACGGUAAUUCCAGCCCGCAACAGCAGCGCACAUAUUCCCAGAUCCCGCAUCACCGUUCCCGGCCGCAUAAAAGUCACGGGCAGCCUAAUACGACCCAUCCCCACGCUUUCAAAUUACACCUGGUCAAAAGGCACGACCUGAAUGGCAUCCCCGUUGACGAUAAUUACCCCCACUUCACGGAAGAGAGGCCGAAUUUCCAGGCAGUUGAGGAGAGAGCCGAUGGACUCACCAAGCGAAAGAGAGGAGACGGGAGGAAGAGAAAAAAGAAAGAGGAGAGGAAAGGCCACAGAAAAGCCCAAGGAAAUUCGGGUUGGGGGAGUGACGUGGAUGACGUCCUCGCAGCCCUCGUUGGGUAUUCCAAGGAUCCUUCUCUGUGGCGCUUCGUACACAGUGUCGUUGCCGAGCUGGAUUACAGCAAACAAGCAUCCAAUAGCAGUCCACCGUCAGGAGUAAGGCGCCACUACUCAGUAAAUCAUUUCAGUUCCUGGACUCCCAAGGAUAUGGAUACCUCAGAUACGAAGGGCAAGCCUGAAGAACAGAAUGACGGUCGCAUUCUAUUCACUAGAAUUGACGGUGGCAGUACUGCCGACUACGGAGGCAGUGGUGGUGAGAGAAUGGACCGGGGCGAUGGAAGAGAGAGAAAUGAUCGUGGUGAUGGUGAGGAGAGUCUUCGCGAUGAGAACAGUCAAGAAAGUCACGAGCGUCUUCGACUGAAAUCGGCGGGAAAUUCUAGUUACCACGCGCCACCCACGUCCAAAGAGAACGCGCCUCCUCCGGUUUCCCGCUUUGCACACCAAAAUUCCCAGGAGCAAUUCCGGGCUUCAUUCGUCGAUUUAGAACAACCCCGUGAAUCCCCGGCCAUUGCAUCGUCGACGAAAGUUGUGGGUAGCAGUGGCAUGAGGCCGACGCACACGCCUCAUUUUAUUUUCCAUAAGGUCUACAUCGACACGAAUUACGACCCACACACCAGACAGCCGUACCACAGACCCGUCCUGGCUGUCAAGGCUGUUGCGGGCGAGAAGACAAAGGCCUCUGUCCUGAGCAAAGAUACUGAGAAUGGUCUCCCUGAUACCAUGGAGACAUUGGCCUAUCAGCUGCCGGAUGAUGAUACCUCGAGAGAGCUCCCGGAUAAGCUGGAAGACCUUUUGCUUCGCCAGCAUCGCAAGGACCAGGAAAUGGAUGGCGAUGAGGAACAGGACAAGAUGGAAGAAGAAGAAGAAGAAGAAGAAGAAGACGGGAGAGAGGAAGGAAUGAACGACGAAAUGGAGGAGGAGAACGAUGGGGAAGAGGAGGGGGAGGAGGAGGAGGAGGCAGAAGAGGAAGGUGAGAAUGACAAGGGAAAACAGAACCAGCAAUACAGCCGAACCUUGUCUAAGCCAUUGUACAGGAGAGGCAAAGAUAAAGAGUUUCUGAGGAGAGAGCUUCAAAAGGACUGGUCGGAGGACGAUGAUAGGGCAUUGGAGGACUCCUUCGACAGUGAGGGAUGGCGGGAUGUCAGUAACAGGCGGCACAACCGGAGACAUUUCCUUCAUCGCCUUCGGCAGUUGCAGUCUUUUGAGAGUCAACUGAAGUUUCUAAGACGGUGGCAAGAGAGACUAUUGAGAAAACGUAAUCAGUGGCCACCCUAUUAUCACAUGGCUAUGACUUGAGUAAACACGGCUCUUUUCUAACUAAGUAUAUGUGCCACAACAAAUAUAGGCUGCCAAUCAUCCAGUUUUCUAUAAAAGUGAGCGUAAAUAAGUGUUCUGCAACAAGCAGUGCAAGCAUAUGUUCUCAUGGAAUCUGAAACAUUAUGACCCUUUUUUACCCAUUUAUAGUUAUGAUUCACAGGUAAACCACUCAAGAAUUCGCCAUUAACUGAAACGAGUUGGGAAAUGCUUUAUUGGUAAUAAUUCCUCCACCCUGGAUGAUCUACCAAUGGAAUGUAAUUAACCUCUGAUGUGUAUUCGAUGUGGUUGUACGGUGGAUUAUUCAUGCUCAUAUCUUUAUUUAUUUAUUUAUUUAUUUAUUUAUUUAUUCAUUUUUUGCACAAGGUGCCUAAAUCUAUACAUUUCAGUUAAUUUCUUCUUGCUUCAAGUAUGACAUCAGAAAUUGGAUUAGAAAUUAAACAAAGUUUUUUUUAUUUUCUAUUUAUUUAUUUAUUUUUUUACAUUCUCGGAUAUUCAAGUUGAAAUGAAUAUUUAGAGGAUGAUAAACAUUGGCUUCAAGACACUGUUUUCAUUUUGAAGUGGAAAGGUAAAGAUGAAUGACUUAUAAUGUUUUUUAAAAGUCGGUCACAUUUUUUGGAAUGUAUAGUUGUUCCAGCUUCCUCAGGUUUGAGGUUUGGCAGCCUGCCUUCAGUGUGAAGGUGUUACAAGUUAAGCAAGUCAUAAUUCAAAGGUGGCAGAGACGUAAGUUGUAAAACAAAUCCAGAAGAACAUUGGAUAUCCCACUAGCUGGAAGGAUUUUCUUUAAACGAAUGCAGACUUUGUCACCCCAUCCUAGCGGUAUUGCAAUUAUUUCUUUACAUGAGUUGUUAUAACACAGAAACCCUUUUAACAUCAUGGUUAUUACCAGCGAGAAUGAUAAUCCUGUUGAAGGACACCAAAGAAAGUAUUCCAUUCUUGCCUUUCAAACUUUAAGGUUAUCACACCCAAAAAAGUUUAUAUAUAUAUUUUUUAGAUACCACUUAAUCACCGCUGCAGUAAACUUUACCAUAAAUUAAAAUUAUUAGAAUACGUCAAUUUUGCCUUUACGAUCACCACAUUUCUCGAUCAAAAAUUUAAAUGAUUUCAUAAUUGAAUCCAUUGCACCACUAAUGACCUUUUUCAUCAGUAUUAAUAACGUAGAAAUUGUUCAGGUAGAAACAAUGGUUCUUAUUGUAUCAUGCAACUUGGAGUUAAUCAUUUCUGUUUUGAAUUCAAAGGAAAAUCGACUCCAUUUCUCUCAUCGUUGAUAAUACAUACUAUUGUUGUUAGAGUGAAAUGGUUAGAAAACUUAUAUGAAAUCAACUAGUUUCCUCUUUCAUAUCAUUUGUAUAUUAGGAUAAAUGCCUAAAUACGUUCUUGUUGUCACUCAAGUAUAUUUAUACAACUUUUGAACCGGAGAGUAAUUUUUGCAUAUUUCUCAUAAAAUACAGUAUUUAGAUCAACUCAGUUACUUAAACAAAUCCAUAUUUAUAUCAGUAAUUCUACCACAUUUAGGCAGACAUGGACAAACAUUUAAUCACAGACUUGCGCUCAUGAACACACUAGUAAUUAUACACUUAUGAAAUUACAAUAUUUAUAUACUUGGCAGUAUCUCAUAUAACAAUAAACUGUAAAAAUGCUGUUCACUUUCAUUUUCAUACAUACAUCAUACGAAAUCACAAACACACUCUUAUACAUACACACGCACACACACACACACACGUAUAAUUAUAUAUAUAUAUAUAUAUAGGGUUUAACAAAAACAUCAUCAAUUAAAUCAUAUAUGAAAUCUUAUAUUGAUUACAGCACAUAAUUAUUUGAACACCAGUAUUUACUACUGAUUUAAAUCAAAUUCAACAUUCUUAAUAAACCUGGCCAUUCAUUUCCUCAUUAUAAUAGGAUUUGAUUUGUUUAACCCGGGUCAUUCGAUAGACACUCUAUGGAAAUGUCUUUCGUAAGUCGCUACUUUGGACACGAAAUUAUGAAUAAAAAAAAAAGAUAGAUUUUCAUGUAUUUUGUGAAUGAGUGGUUGUUGUGUGCUUAGGGAUAUAUCUAGCAAUUUUGUUGUAUCAAGUUAAUAAUUUAAUGAAAUGAAACUGUCGUUCAUCCGUGUAUAGAAUGGUCUAUUAUAGAAUUCAUAUGUGAAUAAGUGAGCUAUUUUCGUAAACAAGAGGGAGUUUAUAAAUAGUGCUAAGGUGUGAAUAAAGAUAUUAGACCAAAUGUCAGGAUAUGUAUUUGUAGAAUAUAAUUAAAUAUAUCUUUUCA